AUGCCUGAGGAAAAGACACCGAUCUCCGCCUGCCGAGGGCAGGCAGGGCCGGGAGCCGCCGGGGCGCUGCAGCUCCGCUCGGGGUUACAGCAAGGCCCCGCCGCCCUCAGCGCCGCCGCCCGGGGCCGUUGCUGUGGCAGCGCGGCGCGUCCGGGAAUGGCGGCGGCGCCCGAGGGCGGCCAUGUCACUGAAGAUCUUGUUAGAAGACGUGCAGAACAUAACAAUGGUGAAAUUUUUUCACUGGAAGAAAUCUCCUUACAUCAGCAGGAAAUAGAAAAGCUAGAGCAUCUUGACAAAUGGUGUCGAGAUUUAAAAAUUCUCUAUCUUCAGAAUAACCUAAUUCCGAAAAUUGAAAAUGUGGGCAAACUAAAGAAGCUGGAAUAUUUAAAUGUAGCAUUGAACAACAUUGAAAGAAUUGAAAAUCUGGAAGGCUGUGAAGAAUUGAAAAAACUUGACCUAACAGCCAAUUUCAUUGGUGAACUCUCCAGUAUUGAAUCCCUAAAAUGCAAUAUUCAUCUGAAGGAAUUGUUUCUAAUGGGUAACCCAUGUACUGAAUUUGAAGGUUAUAGACAAUUUGUAGUGGCAACUCUUCAGCAAUUAAAAUAUUUGGAUAGUAAAGAAAUAGAACGUUCAGAGAGGAUUAAAGCCCUUCAAAACUAUCCAGAAGUGAAAUGGAAAAUCAGGGAACAGGAACAAGCUUACCUUCUCAAAAGGGCCAGAGAAAAGGAAGAGGCUCAAAGAAGAAUACAAGAAAGAAAGGAUGAGAAACAGAAACAGAUGGACUCUGAGCUUGGAUUUGACAGCCCAGACUCCCCACAGGAAAAACCCAGUCAGGCGGAAGGAGAUGGAGAGCGGGAAAGAUGCAGAACAGUUGAAAAUGAUGAUGAAGACAGGAAAUUUUGGGAGGAGCCUACACCAUAUACUCCAGAAUCUAGAUUAGAAACUCACAGAUAUAUUGAAGAAAAACGAAGAGCUAAAGACAAUGUAAGGGAAUCGAAAAAGAGAGAGAAGACUGCUUGGACAUUGGUCACUGCAGAAGGAAAAGUUCUGAAUGUGAAUGUGCCUAAGCUUCAUUUUUCUCUGAAAGAUGAUGAAGAAAACAACCAGAUCAUCUUGGAUCUUGCUGUUUACAGACAUUUGGACACUUCUUUACUUGAUGUUGAUGUGCAGCCAACUUACAUACGAGUACUGGUGAAGGGAAAGCCUUUUCAGCUCGUGCUCCCUGAGGAAGUGAAGCCAGACAGCAGCUCUGCUAAAAGAUCACAAACAACUGGUCAUUUAGUUGUCACCAUGCCAAAGGCUAAAGAAAUAAUCCUGGCUAAGCAAAAAGUUUCAGCUUCCAUUAAACAUUCUGACUGCAAUGCACAGCAAAAAAACACAAGAAGAAAAAUCAGUCAUUAACUUCUUUUCUUGAUGAUCUGCCUUAUGAGAAGAUGAGAGGGCACCUGCAAGUAUUUUUUGAGAUUACUAGUGAGGCCCAAGGACUGUACCCUUUCCUUAAGCAGCAGUCAUUACAACAGUGUAACACUCUGAUUACAGAGUAUUUAAAAUAUUUUUAGAAGGUCUAGGUCACGUGGAGGAUACUUACUCUCCAUUAUACUUGCAAAGUCAUGGAAAUCAGGUCAAGUCCCUGGUGACUGGAAAAAUGGAAAUAUUGCACCCAUUUUAAAAAAAGAGUAGAAAGAAGAAUGCUAGGAACUUGUCAGCUGACAGAAUAUCAUCCUCACCUUCGGGGUUUCUCCUCUGCCUGGGUAUCAUGGAACAGAUCCUCCAAGCAGCUAUGUUGAGGCACACAGAGGACAGAGGAAUGAUUCAGGACAGCCAGCACAGCUCCACCAAGGGCAAGGCCAACCUAGUGGCCUUCUGUGAUCAAAUGACUCUAUCAGUGAGCAAGACAGCAGCUAUGGCUGUCAUCUGUUUGGACUUUUGUAAGGCCUUGGUCAUGGUCCUCCCCUGUGAUAUUCUCAGUUCAGAGAGAAAAAGAGAAAGAUUUCUGCCAGGCUAAGCCUGGGAAAAAGUCCGAGAGGAAUGUAAACAAUCUAUUAUCUUACUUUCCAUUCAUAUUGUUUAUAGAUAUGUUCUACCACACUGACCUAAGCCCAGUGUACUAGUCAAGUGAAAUGUUUUUACUUGAAGACCAAUGGAAUUAAUGUUCACGAUGUUCUCUAUAAAAGAGGGAAGUGCUUUUGA